AUGGCUGAGGAGCUGAAGAAGGAGCAGGACACUUGUGCUCAUCUGGAGAGGAUGAAGAAGAAUCUGGAAGUCACAGUGAAGGACCUGCAGCAUCGUCUAGAUGAAGCUGAGAGCCUCGCCCUGAAGGGAGGAAAGAAGCAACUGCAGAAACUAGAGACUCGUGUGCGUGAACUUGAGAAUGAGCUUGAGGCUGAGCAAAAACGCAACACUGAGUCCAUUAAAGGAAUUCGCAAAUAUGAGAGAAGAGUGAGAGAGCUCACCUAUCAGGCUGAUGAAGACAAGAAAAACAUUAACAGACUCCAGGACCUAGUGGAUAAGCUACAGAUAAAAGUGAAGGCCUACAAGAGACAGGCAGAGGAAGCUGAGGAACAAGCGAAUGUUCAUCUGGCUCGCUUCAGAAAGGUGCAGCAUGAGCUGGAGCAGGCAGAAGAGAGGGCAGAUAUUGCAGAGUCUCAGGUCAAUAAGAUGAGAGCCAAGAGUCGUGACAUGGGAGCAAAGGGUCAAGAGGGACUAGAAGAAUAG